CAAGGGCAUUUUCGUCAUUCAGGACGGUUUCACAGACAAAACAGAGUUGGGGGCGACACAGAGAGAGAACUCCGGGCUCGGCCAUGGCUUCACCAUCACCGUGCAAAUGGUCACGGACCACAAAGAGCUACGCCACCACUAAGCUCUCCUCCUCUCUAUGCAAUCCCUCGGUUUUCUUUUCGUUCCACACCAGUUCCUCAAGACGAUCUCGUAUCACCGCCUCCUCUCUUCACGACUCUUCUUCUUCUUCUACUCCUCCUCUUCCUCCUGUUGCUGCUAAAGCCAAACAGAGAACAAGAAAGCCCGUAACGUCCGAUAAUUCGACUUCGCAACCAAACGCGUCGUUAGAUAAGUCGGAUACUCGAUCCCUAAGAAUACCAGCUCUGAGUUUCAAGUCCUUGUUUGGGAGGCGAGCUUUGUGGAGAAGAAUAUUUUUCACUUCCAAGAAAGUUAGAAGCAUCAUUUUGCUCAAUGUUGUCACUAUUAUCUACGCUAGUAAUAUUCCAGUUGUGAAAGAGGUUGAAGCGAUUAUUGACCCUGCUGCCUUCACUGUUGUGCGAUUUGCAUUGUCUGCCAUUCCAUUCAUCCCAUUUGUAUUUCAAGCACGAGGUGAUGUUCAUAUCCGUAAUGCCGGGAUAGAGUUGGGUUUCUGGGUCAGUCUGGGGUACCUUAUGCAAGCCCUUGGUCUGCUAACAUCUGAUGCUGGGCGUGCAUCAUUUCUAUCUAUGUUCACUGUUGUUGUGGUUCCCUUGCUUGAUGGCAUGUUAGGAGCAAAAGUUCCCUCCCUCAUCUGGUUUGGAGCUCUGAUGUCCAUCUUAGGAGUUGCAUUGCUGGAAUCCAGUGGAUCACCUCCGUCUGUUGGAGAUCUUUGGAACUUCUUAAGUGCGGUGUUUUUUGGUGUUCAUAUGCUGAGGACAGAACAUAUUUCAAGAAGCACAAAGAAAGAGAAAAUUUUACCCCUUCUUGGAUAUGAGGUAUGUGUUAUUGCUCUAUCAUCAACGAUAUGGUAUUUUCUUGGAAGCUGCUUUGGUGGCAUCCAAGAAUGCGGACCGGCAUCAUGGACAUGGACAAUGCUUUGGAAUUGGGUUGUUACAUUUCCAUGGAUACCUGCACUGUACACAGGCAUAUUUUCAACUGGGUUUUGCUUAUGGGUAGAGAUGGCUGCAAUGCGUGAUGUAUCAGCCACUGAAACUGCAAUAAUUUAUGGGUUAGAGCCACUCUGGGGUGCUGGUUUUGCAUGGUUUCUCCUUGGUGAAAGGUGGGGUGCUGCUGGUUGGAUUGGUGCUGCUCUUGUACUAGGUGGGAGCUUAACAGUCCAGAUUUUUGGAUCUUCUCCUCCUAUAAGGCACAGUGAAGAUGAAGAAAGAAGUGAGAAUGGUGAUCAACUGUUUGUCUCGGAUAAGCAAAAUGGUCUUUCCACGUCUACAGUCGUUGUCAGUUCAAGAAAAGAUGUUCCUCCUCGACUAAAGAAGCCUCAUAACUUGUAACUUCUUUUUCUAACUCCUCCCAUUCCCAUAAAUUCUAAUCCUCAAUAUUGGCCGGGAGAUUUUUCGUUAAUUCCAGCAGCAUAGCAUGUUCGCCUAGUCAGGUAAUGCACUAUUUGUCUGUUUUAGUUCAUUUUUUGUUUCAGUCAAUUCACUCUUGGUCUCUUGUAGGUCAUUCAGCGUCUCUUCCGGCUUCUUCUCGGUCUCCUGCUGUGUUAUUAUGUAUGAAUGUUUCUAUUGAUCAGCUUUUGCACCACUUUCCAAUUACCAUCAAGUUUGGGAUCAUUCAAGUAAAACACUAGCGAAACUUGGCAUGCUAAGAUGAACGGGUCGGACUCAUGAAACCUUGGUCCGUUCGUAUUCCUGUUGAAUUUCCAAUGUUCCACCAAUCGCACUCAAAUAAAUACAUGGUUUUUGGGCCAGGGCAACGGAACUCCAAAACUCUCUUCAACUCACCAUAGUACUCAAUCAUCAAUUUGCCGUGCUCACCUUUUACAACAAUACCACAGUUCUGGGUAGUAUGAGUCUGUUCAUACAUAAUAACACAGCAUGAGACCGAGAAGAAGCUGAAAGAGACGCAGAAUGAACUACAAGAGACCAAGAGUAAAUUGAUUGAAACAAAAAAUGAACUGAAACAGACAAAUAGUACACUGCAAGAGUCACUAGGCCAACAAGUUAAGUUGGUGGAAUUAACGAAACAUCUCCAGGUCAAUAUUGAGAUGAUGUUACAGUACUGGGUAGUACGAAAAAUCUCCAGGCCAAUUUAGGUUUUUUUGUACAUAUCUCAUUCAUAAAGCAGCCCAAUUUUGAAUAACUUGAGGAGGCUGGAAAACUUUCAGCCUUAAAUGUAAAGAUAUAUAGGAAAACUCGCAUAUACGUUUAGAAUACAAAACUAAUCACUAUUAUUCUUAAUCCCUGCUUUAAGUC